GAGAAGCGGCUUGUACAGAUUAUUUCCAGAGAGCAUGGGGUGUAUUCCAGAGAGUAUGGAAUGCAUGUACACCGUCCCGUACAUAAGAAGUGACAGUAAAUUUGAGCCUCUCAGCCAAUUCUGUACAUAAAAAACGAUUUUAAGAGAGGUUUAGUACUCUGCGUAAUCUCUGCAAACAGAAAUACUCAUGUUUUAGUGCUGCUGCUGCCGCCGCUGCUCCAUUCGUGGCCUGCUGCCCUUGGUUGCUGGGGAAAAUAAAGGCUUUUAAGGCUCUUGCUCUGCCAUAUGACCUCAGGAAUAGAUUUUUGUUUUGUUGGCUAUUCAACAGUGGACAAAGUUACCAGUGUAGAUGGAUAUGCAACAUAAAGCUACCAUGUCAAUGGUUUCAAAAGCACAAACAACUGAACAAAAUGAUGAUACAAAGUUGUGCAGCAGUAUAGAGGAACUGGAUCCUUGGACAGCAUGGGCUUACAGGCCUCAUACCAUAUCCUUGUUGCUCGUAGGUGCAGGUUUAUUAAUAUGGGCUUGUGGAGCACUAGAUCCUGCGAAAACAGUAGACACUGAUCGAGUAACUUCUGUUAAGAGGGGCGUUUGGGCAAUGGUAGCUGUUUUCCUUGGUUAUUGCUUACUGCAAGCACCUUCAACAAUAUUGAUUAGACCUCAUCCAGCAAUUUGGCGGUUGGUUCAUGGAAUAGCGGUUAUUUAUUUAGUAUCUCUUACCUUUUUGCUCUUUCAGAAUCGUGAUGAUGCCCGGCAAUUCAUGAAGUUUGUUCAUCCUGAUUUGGGUGUUGAACUCCCAGAGAGGUCAUAUGGUACAGAUUGUCGUAUUUACACUCCAGAGAACCCGAAGAGAAGGUUUAAUAAUGUUUAUGAAACAUUGUUCGAUGAAUUUGUCAUUGCUCAUGUUCUUGGAUGGUGGGGAAAAGCUAUAAUGUUCCGCAACCAACCACUUCUGUGGUUACUGUCUAUUGGCUUUGAAAUGAUGGAGGUUACUUUCAAUCACAUGCUGCCUAAUUUCAAUGAAUGCUGGUGGGACAGUAUUAUUCUGGAUAUAUUCAUCUGCAACUGGUUUGGUAUAUGGGCAGGUAUGAAAACUGUGCGCUAUUUUGAUGGGAAAACUUAUGAAUGGGUGGGAAUAAGUAGACAGCGCAGUAUUAUGGGUAAGGUAAAACGCACACUGGGUCAGUUCACUCCUGCAAAUUGGGACAAGGAUGAGUGGCAACCUCUAUCAGGUCCUUGGCGAUUUUUUCAAGUGUUUGGCUUGAUCAUCGUUUUCCUGACAGUGGAGCUCAAUGCAUUCUUCCUGAAGUUUUGUCUCUGGAUUCCUCCUAGAAAUCCAUUAAAUGCCUAUAGAUUGAUUAUAUGGUGGCUUAUAGCUGUACCAACCAUUCGUGAAUACAAUUCAUAUUUGCAGGACAGAUACAGUUUCCACCUCUGCUCGUCAACAAAUAUUGCCAAAGGAAUUGACAAUCCAGGAGUGUAUGCAUCUUUGGAUAGGCAUUUCGUUUCUGUGGAAUUACACUGGCUCUGGCAGAAAAUCAAUAAAGAAGGUGGGGACGUUUUGUUGGCUCUCUCUUGCCAUCUGUAUUGUGGAGCUAUUAAUUUGCAUUAAGUUUGGACAUGGUUUCUCUCUUGGUGCAAUGAGUUGGAGUCGUGAGUUGGAGCGUGCCUUUCUUGUGAGUGAUCUCGGUGAUUUCUAGAUGUUUCCUUGACAUGAUGGGACUUGGCUCGGUGUGAAUGUCACUUGAGUUCGUGUGUGAUUCUUGUGUUUUUCUCUAGUUACAAUCCUCAAUCAUGUUUCUUCAUUUAUGAUUGAAUGGAGAUUUUUUUUUCUCUUUUGUGUAUACUUCUCUCCUCAUCUUCUUGUUGAGUGUGUAGGAGGUAAAUCAAUUGAGGCCAUGAUCUAGUUUGGCUUUAACUUAUCAUGUUGUAAUGAAGGCCUUGGAUCUCAAAUUGUUGCAACAUGUCUUGAGGAAUUUGGGUUGUUUAUAGCCCCUUAAAUAAAUAUUGGUAAA